AUGAUGAAAUUCAAUAAAGCUGAAGAGAUAGCAGUGGAAGCAGGGGUAGCAUUGAUGACAACGACCAGUUCCUAUGAUGUGAUGUUUGUUCAAGGUGUUUGGGGUAUAUGGACAGGAAUGUCAAGUAAAGAUAUUGCAUAUGAUCAAGUGUUUAUUGAUAUGAAAACAAAAAUUACUAUUUAUGGGCCACAUAAUGGUAUCAUUGUUUAUUGUGGUGUUCAGCAGGAGCCUAGCAUGUGUUGGCCAUAUAUUUUAAAUGAUGCACCAAAUUCUCUAUCCAUUCAACAAUUUGAUGCGGCAGCACCAACAUUUGCAACAAUUCAUUGGCCAACUGCAGUAGAGGAGAAUGGUGAUAAUGGAAGGAACAAAAGCGCCACAUGUAUGCCAAAUCAGCAUUAUCAAUUAGCUCCAAAAGAUGGCACUUCAGACGAUAAUUUUAGUGCAUUUGAAAAAGUGCGCCUAAAUCUCUUUGAAACGAAUCCAACAAUAGCUAAGAUCAGAUCAUUUGAUAUGGUAUCAUCUGCUGGUAGCAAUUACAAAUCAGAUUUGAAUAGUACAAUUCCUCAAAUUUCCAACAGUAAUAUUUCAAAUAUGAGAAAACCUUUAUCAGUCACGCAAAAUGUUAAUUAUCAUCGUGAUAUAGAAAAAACAUCGAAAAAUGAUGUAUCAAAUGAUGAGAUGAGGUUGAAAUCUGUGAUAAAUUCUUGGAAUGAUGUGCAACAACCUAUUUCAAGCACUCGAAUAAAUUCAAAUCUUAUCCCAAUGCAAGAAUCCUUUGAAAAAAGAGCAACAAAUUGCGGAUAUUACAGUGAUCAUCAUAAUGAUGAAAUUGCAAAGUUUUUGGAACAUUUAGCUGGUUCAUUUGCAUAUUCCUCCAGUAAUCAACAACAGCAGUAUAGAAGUACAACGGAUUUAUGUGAAGUGCAGAUGAAUCACAGUAAAGUUCCGGAACAACUCUAUCAUUUGUACGAAACACAGGAUGCUUUUGGAAAUUUGCUGGAGCAAUUUGAAAUGGAGAUUAAAAUGGACGAACAGAUUCUAUCUCAAUUAUCAUCGUUUAAUGUCUCAAAGAAACAUCUCAGCAUUGAUUCGAAUGAAAAGAAUAGAAAUUUGGUGAAGAAUUUCGGUCCAUCUCUAAUUCUCGAUAAUUUCAUAUUGAGAUCGAGAUUGAAAAAUGCCAAACGUACGGAAGCACUGCCGGAAUAUUUUCAACAUUAUUCUCAGCCUUUUGCUAAUACAUUCAACGAUGUCGAUACGUUGCGACAUGUUUGCGAUUCGCCGUAUAUUCCACCAACGCUUCCAACAUCGCUAAUUCCAAUUUCGUUAAGGGAUGCAGAAAAAAGCAUCAUUACUACGAAAUCAGACGAAAUUAAUAUGAAAUCUGCUGAUAGAAUCAAAAAUGUUUUGCCUGAAAAGGAUUCAUUAGAACACUUAGAAGUUCCAGCAAAGAUAUCUUUAACUAUCAAUUCUCGACAGUUGAACGUGACAGCCGAAAAAAAAUCAAAUAAGCAGAAAUUGGUGGAAAAAGAAGAGAAUUUAGAGAAUAGUUUGGAGGAAUUGGGAAGUAGCAGUGUGAAUAGUUACAGCAUAGAAAAUGAAGCGAUGAUUCCAAUUAAGUCCAUUUUACAUAUGUCAUCUCGAAAAAGUAGAUUGCGAAAAAAAGUUCGAUUUCCCACGGAAUGCUCAUGA